AUGGCGACAACGGAACCUGCGCCCUCGCCUCAUGAUCGCUCCGAUCGUCCGGGCCGGCGUCGUCCCUUCUCCACGUGGGUAAAGAAGCUCACGACCAACUUCAAAAACUCCUCCAGCGACGGCCAGCUCCGCAACGGCUCCGAAUCGAAGCGACUACAGGGCAAGAAGGGCCACAAGAAGCACGUGUCGAAGAACAAUAACCCAUACCCGCAGUCAGGCCGUGUCGGGCAGGGACAGACAAACCACAGCUCGCACUCGUUCUCGUCAACAGGCCGCAGCGGCAGUGCAACGUCACUAGAACGGAGCGUGCGGUCCGACGACGACCGACCCCCACACACAGCGGGCGGGGCACGGUCGCUGGCGCCGACGGUAGCGACGGACCAUGAGGCGCCGCAUUCGAUGGUCGCGCCGUCGCAUGGCGCCUCGUCCGUCGCCGGGACGAACCGCACGGCCGGGGGGAUCGAUUCGAGGCGGGGUGGUGACAGCACUUUCUCGUCGCCGGCGCCGUCCGUGCGGUCGCUGACAACAACCCUGACGACGAUCCAAUCGACCAUGGCGCCGAACACGCAAACGACGACCAGCAACGCCGGUAACGGACACCACGGCGGCGGCGGCGGCGGCCACCAGGGCCACACGCAGUCGAUUCAGUUCCACCAGCCCUUCCCGACGGCAUCGCCUGCCUCCGCGAUCCCCUCCCACCUGGCGCCCUCGUCGACGGGGCCCGGCCACCCGACGACGUACAACAGCGCGACGGCCAACAACCUGCUGACGGACGACGCCUCGAUCCUGACGCUCGCCUCGUCGUCGAAGCGCCGCCGCCGCCGCUCCUUCGACACGGACGCCUCGGUCCGCGCCAUGGCGCCCUCGUCCCUCUGGGGCGGCAGCCGCGAGUCGCUGCCCCUCAGCGUCCUCAGCGCCAACAUCGACCACCACGCCGCCGCCGCCGCGGCGCACCAGGCCGGCAACAACCCGCGCAGCCUGCAGGGCGUCGGCGUCGGCGCCGAGCGCACGAGCAUCUACUCGACCUCGGGCGUCGCGACCAUGCUCAGCGAGCGCAACAGCUUCUACGCCAAACAGCAGCGCGACGCCGGGCGACGGCGCCAGCACGCGCAGCGGGUUCCUGGGCCACGGCCGCGCCGACAGCAUCAGCGGUAG